CGCCACGGCAGCGAGCGGCAGCGCCGGAUCUGCGGCGCGCAGCCAGGAGGCAGGCGAGGGGACCGGCGGCUCCGGCUGCGCCGCGCGGGGCAGCGCAGGCCGGCUGAAGCGCGGCCUCGGCGCACGCCUCGCUCCCCGGGAGGGCGGCCGUGUCGGCGUUCCCUUGUCCCCCGGAGCGCGCGGGGAGGGGACGCGCCGCGCCUUUGGAUCUAGCGCCAUCCCGGUCGCCGGCGGAGCUGACGGGAGCCCGGGCGAGCCGCGGGGGCAGGCGGGGCGCGGAUCGGCGAGCGGACGGACGGACGGACGACGGGGCUGCCGGCGCCAGAGGCCUGCGAGGGAGGGAAGAAGUGUCGGCGUUGCAGCCGGACCUCCUCUGCGGAAGCCACCGCUCGGCCUGGGGCCUCCCGGGUUGCGGCGGGAGCGGCACGUCCCGGUCAGGAUGGUCGCUGGGCCAGCCCUCGGCAUCUGUCUCCUGGCCUUGGCGGUUCUGAACGUGGACGCCUCCUCAUUCAGCAGCUGGUGGAACCUGGUGCCCAGGAAAACCGUGCCCUACAGCGAACUGAAAGCGGUGACAAAGCGCUUCUCCCACGCGGGAGUGUCGAACUAUACGACGCUGACACUGGCCGAUCCGAAAGGGCUGCUCUAUGUCGGGGCGCGAGAAGCCAUCUUUGCCCUCAGCACCAGCAGCAUGGAGCUCGAAGAAGUGAUUCUCUGGGAAGCUCCAGCAGAGAAAAAAGCAGAGUGUAUCCAGAAGGGCAAAAGUAACCAGACUGACUGUUUCAACUACAUCAGUUUUCUGCAGAUUUACAAUAGUUCUCACAUGUAUACCUGCGGCACGUAUGCAUUCCAGCCCAAGUGCGCCUAUAUUGACCUGGCGACUUUCUCCCUGGACAGGCUUUCCUUUGAAGAUGGAAGGGGAAAGUGUCCCUAUGACCCUGCCAAAGGAUACACUGGCCUCAUUGUAGAGGAGGAGUUGUAUUCCGCAACUCUCAGCAAUUUUCUGGGCACCGAAUCGGUGAUCUUGCGCAACCUGGGCCCUCAGUAUUCAGUCAAGACCGAGCUGCUGCACACUUGGCUCAAUGAGCCCCACUUUGUGGGCUCGGCGUUUGUCCAGGAGAGCAAGGGCAGCGACAGAGGCGAUGACGACAAGGUCUACUUCUUCUUCAGUGAGCGCGCCGUGGAGUUCGACUGCGACAUCGACCAGGUGGUGGCUCGCGUGGCCCGAGUCUGCAAGGGGGACAUGGGGGGUGCCCGGACGCUGCAGAAGCGCUGGACAACCUUCCUCAAGGCGCGGCUACUCUGCUCCAUUCCGGAGCAGCAGCUGCAUUUCAACCGGAUCCAGGGAGCCUUCACACUGACGGGGGAUCACUGGCGCGAGACCAGCUUCUUUGGGGUCUUCCAGGCACGCUGGGGAGAUGUUGACGUUUCUGCCAUCUGCCAGUACCAGAUUUUAGACAUGCAGAACGUGUUUGAAGGCCCCUACAAGGAGUACAGCGAGAUUGCCCACAAGUGGGUGCGGUACUCGGACCAGGAGCCCGUCCCCCGUCCAGGAGCUUGCAUCACCGACUGGCACCGGCAGAACAGCUUCACCAGCUCGCUGGAGCUGCCCGACAACACGCUGAACUUUGCCAAGAAGCACCCGCUGAUGGACAAGGUGGUGCCGCCACAGGGCGACCGGCCCCUGCUGGUCAAGAAGGAGACCAACUUCACCCAGCUGGUGGUGGAGCGCGUCCACGGCCUGGACGGCAAGCCCUACAAAGUGCUGUACAUCGGGACAGAUCGCGGGUGGCUGUACAAGGCGGUGGUGCUGCCGACGGGCGUCCAUCUCAUCGAGGAGCUGCACGUCUUUGAGGGGGCCCAGCCCAUCAAGAGCUUGGUCUUGUCCGUGCAGAAGAGGGUGCUUUUUGUGGGUUCCGACUCCCAAGUCAUCCAGCUCCCCGUGGCCGAGUGCGGGAAGUACCGCUCCUGCUCCGACUGCAUCCUUGCCAAGGACCCCUACUGCGCCUGGACCUGGAACGGCAGUCGCUGCGUCCGCAUUGAUGCUUACGACGGGACCUCGGUGCUGUUCCAAGAUCUGGGCGUGGAUCCUGCGAUGUGCAGCCCCCUGCGUGCUGCCCGGCCAGGAGCUAAAGCGGCGGCCAGAAACAUCACCGUGGUGGCCGGCACGGACCUGGUGUUGCCCUGCCGCCUCACCUCCAACCUCGCCACGCCCCGCUGGAGCUUCAACGGCAGGGACCUGCCCGAGGAGCCGGCCUCGGUCCUGCACGACGCGCAGCUCCAGGCCCUGAUCGUCCUGGCCGUGGGCCCGCGGCACGCGGGGCUGUACCGGUGCGUCCAGCUGGAGGAGCGCAACGAGCUGAUGGUGGAGAGCUACGCCGUCUCGGUGGUGUCCGGCCCGGCCGUGUCGCUGGAGACCCGGGCCCCGCUGGAGGGCUUGGGCCUCGUGUGGAUGCUGGUGAUCGCCCUCUCCGUGGUGUGCCUGGUGCUCCUGCUGGUCGUCGUGUCGCUGCGCCGCCGGCUGAAGGAGGAGCUCGAGAAGGCCUCCAAGGCCAUCGAGAGCACCCUGGUCUACCCCAUCGAGCCGCCCAAGGAGGCCAAGAGCCCCACCUUCAUCCCCAGUGCCACCUCCGACUCGGACGAGAAGCUCUGGGACCCGGCCAGCUACUACUACUCGGACGGCUCCCUCAAAAUCGUCCCAGGCCACGCCGUGUGCCAGAACGGGGGCAGCACCCCCUCGCCCACCACCAACGGCAUCCCGGGGCAGCCGCUGCAGUCGCCGCCGCUGCACUCGCCCAGCCGCAUCAACCUGGGCAACAUCCGCGGCUCCUCCUCCAACGGCUACAUCCGCCUCAACCUGGGCACCGAGGAGCGCCCGGACUACAGCGACCUGGCCGAGGAGCUGCGCCGGAAGCUCAAACAGCGGCAAGCCCUGCCGGACUCGAACCCCGAGGAGUCGUCGGUAUGAGCCGCCCGCAGACUCCCGCGUCUAACUCAACUACCUCACGAAAAGGGCCCGAAUCACUGCCCCCAGCUGGGACUACCGCGGCUUUUUAGACACCUAUUUAAGGACUUGGUUUGUUUUCUAGCCAAUGCUGCCGGUUUUAUACACUGCCAGGACACCUUCUCGCCAUGCUGCUCAGACUUUUAGUGUUUUCAGCCGGGCUUCCCUUGGAGACGUCCCCCAGACUUUGGGGGCAGGAUUCCGCGCUCCUUUUGCCUCGGGUGGGGAGUUGGAGCUCCCCGUUGAACCAACGGGCAAGCAGCCGGGCCCAGUCCGAGCCGAUUUCUUUCCGGGAUGGCCCCCCGUGGCUCAAGUCAGUGCUGGAGAGCUCCUCGGAAGAGGCCAGUGGAACCAGUUCCGGGAGCAGAGGCACCCCAGUGUCUCCCUUCUCUGUCCCAUACCCAACCAGUAACUGCCGUGUGAAAGGAAUGGUCCAAGCUGGUUGAGAGCCUGCAUUUUUCCCGCAGAGGCAGGCCGGGGGCACAAAAAUCCGCCUGCCCCCGGUUCCUGAAGGAACGCUGCAGAGCGUGCCUGCUUGUGAGGCUCCGCAAGGGCGGGCGUCCGCGGCUCGAGGAGGGCUGCGGUCAGGCGGCACAACCUGGAGGGCCUCCUGGCCCGGGAAAGCACUGUGUCCGCGAGGGGGUGGGCCAGAGGGUGCGCUUCCAGGGGGCCGCGCUCGAUCAUCGUGCUUUGCCGUCCUGCCACGUCCUCGGUGGCUCCCCUCUUUCACCGGGGAGCCAGCUGUGCCCGACACGGGUUGUGCUGUCUUCCGCACCUCUGCUCCCCAGCCCUAAUUCGUGGUACCCCAGUUCUUCCUUCCAAGUGUGGGAGCCCCGUUCCUUGUCCGUGGCUGAAUUGCCUCUGCAGGGUAUGUGUGUGUGUGUGAGAGAGAGAGAGAGAGAGCGUGAGUGAGCGAGCGAGCGAGAGAGGAGGAGGAGAGAAGCCCUCCAAAAAAUCCGAACUGAUUGCUGUGACUAAACUGAGCUUCCUGUGCCCACUUUUUCGGGGUGGGGAGCAUGCGGUGUGGAGCCCCCAACAUGCCCUGGCUGCAGCUCUGGCUGGUAGCCAAGCCGUCUUGCAGCCAGCCCCCUUCCUGGCCCAGCAUGCGUCACUCCCCCAACUGAUCUCCCCCACUUCCCUCUUUGUAUCUUGUUUUUUAAACACAGUGUACAUAAAAGAGAGGCUUCUUCGUAAAAGCCCUUGUGCUUCUCUCCACCCAGGCCCCCAGCAAGUCGUGUAAUUUAUUUGUUACUGAAAUAUAUUUAUUUGAUGUAAAUAUCUGAAUAUUUUUAUAUUAAUAAUAAAACGGAGAGAGAAAAAACAGA